GUCGAAACCGGCUUUAAAUUGUGUAAAUCUUAUUUACUACAUUUCUACCGCGAUUUGAAGCGAAUAUGGACUGAUUUAUGAUAAAAAUUUGUGGAAAAUGAGGGCUGUAAUCUUGAAUUUGUUCUUUGUAACCGUUUUUCUCCUCGAAAGCGAAUGUAAUGAAGAAAGCCAUUAUUGCUACGUUACUGGAUACAGAUCAACAAAAACAUGCACAUCCGGCUGGCUCUGGUCGCGAAGAUGCAACUACAAAUCAGUAUCCACAGCAAAACUGGAAUGUUGUGAUGAUUAUUAUGGUGAUGAUUGUGACAAACCUAAAUGCGGCGAUGGGGAUAUGAAUAUUACAUGUGAUGUUAACGAUGAAGGCAUGGUAAUUUACAAAAAUGGAACAGUUGUGACAGAUAGCAAGGGCACAUGCGUCGCACCUAAUACAUGUGAGAACUGUAACGAGGGAUUUUACCCAAACUCGGAGGUCGGCAAAUGCAAAGCUUGCCCAAAAAUCGAGAAAUGUAAUGUACAUCGAUGUACAAAUACGGAGGAUGUCACAUGCCAGUUCUGUCACCACGAGUUCAACAGCGAAAAAUUGGGUUGGAAUGAAUACACUGGACUGCCUGACAGGAAGCAAUGUGCCCGUAAGUAA